AUACCAAUAACAUAGUAGACCGAAAAUGAAUUUAUAAAUUUACAAAGUAACAAAAAUACACAUAAAUUGGGUAGAAAAACCAAUUUUUGGCUCCUUGGUCAAAACGUAACCGCUGUUGAUGUUUGGUCUUUGGCCAAAAUCGCGGCCGGUGGAGGAGGCUCAACCUGAGCAGCCCGGGACCUCCAAAUCUGCGAAGCAGGCCGUUAAAGUGGAAAAUAAACCACCUGAAACACCGAAUGCUGAGGGUUCCAGAUCCGCAUGGAAAUUGAAAACAUCAGCUGAAACUCCUGACCCAGAGGAAGAGUAUUCAAUGUAUCGCGUAAACAAUGCAGGCCUGUACAAGGCCACUUUCUUCAGCAACAUUGGAUCCUUUCUCUUCGGGAUCGCCAUGGGCUGGUCGGCCGGGGCAGAGCAGUCGGUGAUGCAUAAACGCUCGUAUGGAUACACGCCCUCGGGGCUGGAAUGGAACUAUGUCUGCAUACUGCUCACUCUGGGAGCGAUGUUCUGGUGUCUGCCCACAGGAUUCCUCCUGCGGUGGUGCGGCUGCAAGCGAACGAUCCUGGCGCAGCUGCUCCCCAACACCCUGGGCUGGUGUCUUACCGCCUGGGGACAGGAUAUCAAUAUGUUGUACGCCGGCCGCUUCAUCCUGGGAAUGUGCGGAGGAGCCCACUGCGUGGCUGUGCCAAUCUACAGCGCCGAGAUCAGUUCCGUAAGGAAGCGCGGCAUCAUGGGCGUAUGCUUCUACGGAGCCUGCAUUGUCGGCGUCUUCUAUAGCUUUCUGAUAAGCAGCUUCCUGGAAAUUAGGAAAGUUAACUUGAUCAAUCUAAUCCUGGUGCUACUCGGGCUGUUGCAGUUCCUGAUGCCGGAGACACCGGCCUAUUACGUGAAGCGGAGGAAGUUGGAUCGCGCAGAGAACAGCCUUCGGUUGCUGCGUGGCAAGCACUAUAAUGUAAAUAAUGAGAUGGCCCGCCUGACGAGGGAUCCCACGAUGAGCGAGCACGACCAGCACCAGCAUCCGCGGCAAGGCUUCAAGUACCAAGAGGUGAGGAGAAGCCUGGCUCGGGUUUUGGUGCUGGCCGUGUUCCAUAAGCUUUGCGGCUCCUACGUUUUCAUAUUUUACAGCUACGAGCUGGUACGCUGCCUGACACUGCCGCAUCCUUUGGCGGCAGGACUGGGCGUGCCGGCUCUCGUGGGGUUCCUGGUCUGCAUGUGUCUCGUGGAGAGAAUGGGACGAAAACACCUGCUCAUUGUCUGCUCGGCCAUAAUGUUCUUUGCCACCGUUGUCAUAGGGAUUGGCUUUAAAUUGUUUCUGGAAAAUGGCGGAGAUAUCCUGCCCUGGGUUACGUUUAUCUGCAUGCCGGUGUUUGUGGGCGCCUAUACGGCCGGACUUGGGACGCUCACCUGGCUGCUCACCGUGGAGCUGCUGGUGCCACCCAUGCGUCCCCUGGGCUGCUCCAUUGCCGCCACGGUUAACUGGCUGUGCGCCUCCCUGGCCAUCUUCUGGUACUCCAGCCUCAAGCUCGUCUGUCAGCCAUAUCUCUUCCUGGUCUUCGCCAUCAUUGCUGUGAUCACACUGCUCUUCUCGCUGGCCUUCAUUCCGGAGACCAGAGGUAUGUCCUCAAGAAAGAUCCAGCAUCGAUUGGGCAAGCAAAAGAUCAAAUAAAAUCUUCGUUUCACAGGUCUCGUUCUCAGCUUGAUACAAACCAAAAACGAAGUUUUUCCCCAACCUCAAAUCGAUCGAACCGAAGAAUAUGGAAAGCUGAAGAAAAGCGACCCUGGGGAAAAAGGGAAAACACUGGCAAGGCGAAAGGAUGCAUGAAAAUUGCUUUCAUAUUUCAGG